AUGGGUAAUUCAUUUUCGGCUUUUGGUUUUAAUCAACCGUUUCUGAUCGCUUUAUCUGCAAUUAUAAUAAUGCUGUUGAUGACAGCUGUACUUGUUGGAAGCGAUGAACCACAAAAAUCCAACGACACUCACCGACGUGAUGACACGAAUGCUACCUUUCAAGAUGUGACAUGA